UACUGUGCUUCUCGUUCCCUCGUCCUCGGGUAUUGAUUUCCGUAGAAGGUUAGGACGCGGCUUAGAUGUGUGUUGUCUACGCUACCGUUAGCAGCCAGCUACGUUUUCCGUAACGUCGCGCGCGUAUUCGUGGGCCGGCCUCCACCUCCACCUCCACCUUCUCUUUCUCUCUCUCUCUCUCUCUCUCUUUCUUUCUCUCUCUCUCCUCUUUUACGAAGAGUCGCGAGUUCCCAAGUGUUGCGCCAACUUUCGCCAUCCUCGUUGGUGUUUCUACUGUCAGAGGAGAACGCGUGGUGCCUGUCUUCUUGUCUUCGAGGAAGAAAGCUUUAACUCUGAUGCAUUAUCAUUGGACACAGUAACACGUGAGAGAUCAUAAACCGUCUGAUUUCUUUCUCUUCGUAUUUGAAAGAAGAGAAGGAAUACACGAAGGAGAGAUUCCUCGUUAAAUAGAAGACUUCGAUUUAACCGGAUAGGCCCAACCAGCGCUUCAGGGCACCUUCCGAGAUGCCUGCACCAACGUCAGCGGCGGGUGCGGCCGAAUGUGGCCCACCUCGCACCGAAUUGCAAGAAUUACAGCUGAAGGCCGACCAGACCACCGAUGAGUCCCUGGAGAGUACGAGGCGUAUGCUGGCAUUAUGCGAGGAGAGCGAGGAUGUCGCAGCGAACACACUGAUGAUGUUAGACCACCAAGGCGAGCAAUUGGAUCGAAUCGAGGAGGGCAUGGACCAGAUCAAUGCGGACAUGCGAGAAGCAGAGAAGAAUCUUACCGGGAUGGAAAAAUGCUGUGGUCUCUGCGUUCUCCCGUGUAACAAGAGUGCAAGUUUCAAAGAGGACGAAGGAACGUGGAAGGGUAACGACGACGGUAAGGUCGUUAAUAAUCAGCCUCAACGCGUGAUGGAUGAACGCAAUGGACUCGGCCCUCAGGGUGGCUACAUCGCUAAGAUCACGAACGAUGCGCGUGAAAACGAAAUGGAAGACAAUAUGGGUCAGGUAUCGACGAUGAUUGGGAAUCUCAGAAACAUGGCUAUCGAUAUGGGCAGCGAGCUCGAGAAUCAAAAUCGACAAAUCGACAGGAUCAACCGGAAGGGCGAAUCGAACGAGACAAGGAUACAAGUGGCCAACGAGCGAGCCCAUCAGCUGCUCAAGUAAAAACCACUCACGACCAUCUCUCUCUGCACCUCCGUCUCGGCCACCGGCAUUACUGAUACCAUCAUCAUGUACAACAACAACAACAACAACAACAACAACAACAACAACAACAACAAAAUACAAAAAUCAGCACCAAGACAAGUACCAUCACAAUUAUACUUACAAUUUACACUAUACAUACAUAUGUAUACGCUUUCCUUUUUUCUUCCUUUCUUACUUACUCAUUACCCUCUUAAUCUAUAUAUCUGUAUUAUUAUUCGCUGAUAAGAUUAUCAUCAUCGAAGGGACGAACAAAAUGGAAUGGAUAGCAAUAUCAUAGAAUAAUUGUUAAUCAAUAAGACUUAUUACGGGUCUUUUGAUUUCUAAUUUUCGAAACUUGAUAAUUCGUCCAUUUUUCUUCUUUCCUUAGUAUUUAUUCUUUGCCACGUAACAGUAUUUUCAAUUAUCCUGAUGUUACUUAUUUCUUUACGCAGUUAUUAUUUUAAUUUAAAGAAAAAGAAAAAGAAAAAAAAAAAAGAAAUAGAAUGUCUACUCAUAUUCGUAGUAUCGUCCAAUGAAUUAUUUUUCCUUAUCGAUAAUAAGACGCGUGAAACAUAUCGUUUGGCAUCAUUGUCAUCAUAAUUUUCCGUACUUAAGGAAGCUUCCUAAGUCAAACUGUGUAUUAGAAACUAUAGCAAUUCUCUUAUUGUAUGUACCGUCAAUUUGAUAUACUGAUUCAUUAAACGGUUUGUCACAUCGAUUAGCCAAUCCCCGUCCAUCUUUAAUAAAAAAAAAAAAAGGUAUUUAUUUAUUUAUCCUUUUAUAUUAUACUCAACCGAUUUCUAUCUUUUUUCUUCUUUUUUCGUUAAUCGUAUCUCUCUACACACGUAAUAUACACACGCAACUCACACACGCGUACACGUUACUCACGUUAUACGUUCACGUUCACCUUACCACCGUACGUCGCUGAAAAAAAUAAAAAAAAAAUAAAUAAAAAAAAAAAAAGAAAAAUAAAAAAAACACAAACCAAACGAAAUAAUAAGCAAAAUAGAAAGAGAAAUUAACUAGAAAAAAAAAAUCUUUUUCGCGACGGAUCUUUUUUGCUCGUAAAAAUUAUCCAACGAGAGCACGUCGUACACUUUAAAAUCGCGUCAUAUUUUAAAUCUUUAAAUAUACGGCGCUUGAUUAGAGUUCUCAGCGGGAACUAAUCCGCGAUUAGUAGACGCCGAGAAGAAUUGUAAAUUUUAAGCGACUCACGACGCGCGUUAGAGAUAAGCGAGAAUAAUAAUAUACGAGAGUUAAGUUUCUUAUCUCAACGAUCCUCUAACGAGUACAAAGCUAAUUAAAAAGCAAAGAAAAAAAAAGAAAGAAAAAAAGGAAAGAAAACAAUUAUAAUAAAUAAUUACAUAGAUCGAGACCGCAUUGUACGAGAUUUUCCUUAUUAUCGUUAUUGUUAUCAUUGUUAUUAUUAUUAUUAUUAUUAUUAUUAUUAUUAUUAUUAUUAUUAUUAUUAUUAUUAUUAUUAUUAUUGUUAUUAUUAUUAUUCUAAUGGGAGCGCGAUCUUAGAUUUUUGGCGCUAUUGAAAUAUGCGUUAUCUCUCUUGUAUAUGAAAAUUCAAUUAAUAUAAAAGAGAAUGAAAAGAAAAAAAAAAGAAAAGACACAAUAACAACAAUAACACAACAACAAUAACAACAACAACAACAACAACAAGAACAACAACAAUCCUUAAAAACGAAAUAGAAACACACAGGGAAGAAAGGAAAAAGAAGGACGACUCGCGUAACGAGAGACGUGCGGCACGAACUCGAGCUUUGAGUUCUUCUUCCUCCAAUGGGUUAAAGAAUGUCAACAACAGGUGAUAAUGGAACAUACACACACGCGAAACGAUAUAAUGAUAGAGAAAAAAGACCAGGGAAACAUGUAUAAUAAUUGCAAUACAAUAUGGACUAAUGAGAGAGAAAAGAUAAAAUUUGGGCCUUUUUUAUAAUUAGGGUAAAAAAAAAAAAGAAAAAAAAGAAAAAGGGAUCGACGAAUUUUCAUAUAUUCGUCGUUUGUUCGAUCUUAUCUUUCUAGUUUCGUGACUUUUUGUUCUUUUUACUUUUUUUCUUGUUUCAUUAUUUUUUUUUAUUUUAUUUCAAACUUUGCGUCACCUAAAGUGACCCCGAUUUGGUAUCGGAAAUAUAUAUAUAUAUAUAUAUAUAUAUAUAUAUAUAUAUAUAUACAUAUACAUAUAUACAUGUGUCAUCUAAGAUUUUUUUUCGUAAAUGAUUCUGAAUUAUUCUGAUUUUUCUUUUUAUCUAUAGAGACACAACGAAUCCGACGAAUUAGGGAAAAUAAAGAGAACAUUAUUAAUUAAUUAUUAAUUUCUAUUUCUAAGAAAACAAAAAAGAAGAAUUGCAAAUCGUAUCGAUUGAAAGAAAAUAUAAAUCUUUAAAGGUUAAAAAAAAAAAAAAAAAAAAAAAUACUAUCUCUUUUUACUUAUUUAUUCGCUCUAAGUAAAAUUGCUUUACGUCAAAAGUUCUUUUUAUAUCUCAUCAAAAUCGAUAUAAAGAUAUUUUAAGAUCUAGUCUUAGGUGACUCACCCAAUAUGUAUAUGUGCAUUUACGUAUCUAUGUAUGUACAUGACGAUUUUCAUCAUGAAAACAUUUUUCUCUCUCACUAUAUGUAUUUAUAUAUUUCGUAUAUACGAAAAUUUACAUAAUCAUAGACAUAUAUAUAUACACACGCAUACAUACAGAUACAUAUGUACACGAGCACGCGUAUAUACGUAAUAUCGAGAGGAAAUACGAUCAAGAAAAAGGAUGUCAGGCGCGAGGAAAGGGGGUGGGGAUAAGGGGGAGGAACCGCAGAUAGGAAGAAAUAGAUAAAAUAAAAAAGGGGGAAAAGUAAUCGGAGAAGAUGAGGAGGAGGAGGAGAAGAAGGAGGCGAGGAGGAGGAGGAAAAUCAAAAGAUUUUCCUACGAAGAUUAGAAGAAAAAUAUCAUAGCAGAAAAGAAAAGAAAGGAACCCAAAGGAACGGAAGAAGAGGAAGAGGAAGAAAAAUAAGAGGAGAAGGAGGAGGAAGAAGAAGGAGAAGAAAUGAAAUAAAAAAAGAAAAAGAAUGAAAGAAAAUGAAGAUUGAUAAAUUAAACGAGAAAAACGCGUCAUGUUCGUCGAGAAGUUGUCCCGAACAAAACUUGUAGAUAAAUAUAAUCUCCCUUUUUUCAAUCGUCUUAACAAAAUCACACGACACAUGUGCACGUAACGAACACUUACACGACAUACGCACACAUAAGUACAAAAUUAAUCCUACAUAUAACACGAACAUAAGUCGUAGAGGUUAGCUGUUCUCCACCUUCCCCAAAGUUUAUGCGCCCGUCGCUUUAUGAGUGCGCCGGGGUCACAGUAAGGUAUAACUCCAAUAAUUAGCUGAUAUCGAGAGGAAUGGAAAGAGGAAGUGAGGACAUACAAAAUUAACAAAAAAGAAAACAAGAGAGAACUUAAAAGAAUAACAAACAAACAAAAAACAAGAAAUAAGAAAAAGAGAGAGAGAAAGAGA